UUAAAAACGGUGUAAGCUCAAAUAUUUCUCUCCUUUAAUUUUCUUCUUCUUCUGUAAACUCGUUUGACUAGUUAUAAUUAAUUACCAAACUGUUUUCGGGAGAUCUUGCAGUCGAUUGAACUGAUCUCGGCAUUAUACUUAUAUUUAUUAUCGCGAUGCUGCUACCAACUCCAACGAAAUCUGAACUCGGAACGUAGAAGGGGCGGAACCUUCGGUUUCGGGUGGGUACUGUUGGAGAUUCCUUAAAACGAUCUACAGGACCAUUUAUCUGAAUUCCUGUCUUCAUCUAGUUCUCUGUGAUCAAGUGGGGGCGGGGCCUUCCGCACUUCCUGGGACGCAAUCCAGCGCAACGCUUUCAGGUUCUCCAAGAGAAUUCUUCCCAUUAGCAUCAGACUUCCAAGGAAAAGCAUUCUACCAAGAAUGCCAGCUGUUUCCACCGUAUCUUCGCUGUUGUCGGGAUCCCCUCGUCGGUUUUAUCGAGGUAUUUUCUCAUCAGACGUUGUUGCCAGGAAACUUGUGAUAAGGGAACACGCAAAUAUGUAAAUUUUGUGGCCCCCUUAAUAUUUUGCAUUGAAUGGAGUACUUGUGUAACUUUCCCGAUCUUAAAGACCCCUUUCUUAGAGAUGAUGCUUGGUACCGUGAACUAAGUUCUAAAUAUCAUAUUCUGAAACAGCAGGAAUACAGAAAGAGGAGAUAGCAUGUUUGUAGACUAGAAGACAGAGUGUGCCUGUCGUCCGAAUGCAUUAACAUCAGCCUCAUACAAAUCGUUGCCAUGCUGGUCAACUUUCACUGGAAGAAGUUUAUUGCGUUGUCGGUUGCCGUCUUUUUUGUCUACGGCGGAUUUCAAUAUCUCGUGCGCGGUAAGAAACCGAGGCCAGACGGUAUCAGCAUAUCGGUCCGGUUUUCCGGACGUUUUGGCAACCAUUUGUUUCAGUAUGCUUCGUUAUUGGGGAUCGCUCGUAAAAAUAACAUGACCGCCUGUGUCCCAAGCUGGCUCGACAUCACUUCAGUAUUUAACAUUGACACGUGUGAUGGUGAUGUAAGUGAUUUUGGGGCCUAUGUCAGCUACAAUGAAGAAAUGUUCGCCAAGUUUUUUCCUCGCUUCUUCAAACUUCCCAAACAGAACACCUUGCUGAAUGGUUACCUCCAGUCUUUCAAAUACUUUGACUUCAUGAAAUCGGAAAUUCUUCAGAAUCAGUACCGCUUCAAAGAGAAAUACCAGUCAAUGGCAAACAGUUUUCUACAGACGUUAGUCACAGCACAUCGCAAAAAACAAACCAGUACCAAACAAAGUCCGGUAGGACCCUUGAUCAAAAAUGGCAAUGCAGACGACGACCCAGUUGUUGUGGGGAUCCACGUGCGGCGUGGAGAUUUUGUCCGAGGUUAUACCCGUGGCUACAGCACACCACCCCUUCCAUAUUAUUAUCGGGCCAUGAACUACUUCCUCAGAAAGUACCCUAAAAUCAUUUUCGUCAUCUGCAGCAAUGAUAUAGAAUGGUGUCAAGAUAACUUGGUUGAUGAAAACAUUUACUUCUCGGCCACUAAGAAUGUGUAUGUCGACUUUGCUAUUCUAGCGAGUUGCGACCACAUCAUUUUAAGCUCGGGGACUUUUUCAUGGUGGGCUGGUUACCUCAACAAAGGCAUCGUUGUUUAUUAUAAGGAUUUCCCACGUCCCAAUAGCAUUCUGGAGAAAUCUUUUAAUCGCAAAGAUUAUUAUCCAGAUUCUUGGAUUCCACUCUGACACUGAAAUUUGAAUUAUUCUUCAACCUAUGGUGACAUUAAAAAAACAAACAAAAAAACCUCAAAAACUCCCACAAAAAAAAAAAAUUCUUGGCGUUAAAAUAUCAGCAAAAAUCCAAAAGAAAAUUUGC